AUGAGCAAGCCACUCCAUUAUUACCAAGGAGAUAAUACUUUCUAUCCAUCAGGACAAGAGAGAGAUGUUACUUCAAUGAGCUUCCGCCAACAAAUUAUUUACCUCAUGCAGCAAACACGUGAUGAGCAGCCUCGGUCACAAAGGAUCUCGUUAGAAGAAGAUGUAGAUGAGCUAUUCUCAUUUUUUAUUAAAUAAUUUUACCAUUAAUUAUACAAUUUACCUUAAUUUUUAUAAAAAAAUAAUAAUUAUCCCUAAUUUUAUUAAUAAAAACCAUAAAUUUACAGUAUAAACGAAUAUUUACUUCAAGAGAAAAUUAGAGUAAGCCAUAUAUAGAACACCCUCCCUAGCCCUUCAAAACAAGCCUUACGAAAUAAGUAUAUUGAAGAAGCUUGCAAAGUUUUUAAACUGAUUAAAAAAAGUGUAUAUGCAGAGAGAAAACCUAUAAAAUUGGGAUCCAACGAGAUCAUGGUGUGCACCUGUAAGCAGCCUUAUCGCAUUCCAGAAGGCAAACAUGCUGGAAAGCUUACGAUCGCAUGUGGCCGCACUUGUUUGAAUAGAGUUAUCAGUACUGAAUGCUACUUGGGCAGUUGCCCGCUCGGUGAACUUUGCACAAAUAGAAGAUUUCAGCUUCAGCAGCAUGCCCAAGUUUAUCCGAUUAAAACAGAAAACCGUGGGUGGGGGUUGGCAGCAGGGCAGUUUAUUAAAAAAGGUACUUUUGUAAUCCAGUAUCUUGGUGAAAUAUAUUCAAUAGACUCGCCUAUCGGAAUCAAAAGACUUGAAAAGUAUAGAGGAAAGGAGUGCACCUACCUGAUGUCAACUUCACACAAUGAAGUAAUAGAUCCUACCAAAAAGGGAAACCUAGCUAGAUUUAUAAAUCAUUCAUGUGAGCCUAAUUGUGAAACACAGAAGUGGAACGUCUUACUCCGUGAGCGAACAAAACCAUUAGAAAAAUCGUUAUUUUUUGCUUAAAAACCCACCCUCAACAAAAAUUAUUUAUGGGAAAAAAAUUGAUAUAUAAGUGAUAAUUAGUAUAAUGAAAUCUCGAGCUAAUUCUGUUUAAUUUUAAACAAAUUGCGUUUUAAAACAUAAAAUUUUACUAAUUAAAUUAAUAUUUUGAUUUACAAAUUUUUGCGAAGUAGGAUUUUUUUAAAUUUGAAAAAAAAAAUUCUAUAAAAUUUCUAUAUAAUUUUUUUUUUUAAAAUAAAAAUAUUAAUCCCGCUCCGAAAGCGAACAUAUAUUUUUGUUUGCUCAUGGAGAGGGAGUUAGGAGAAAUAUGUGUCGGGAUUUUCGCAAAGAGAGAUAUAUAUGAAGAUGAAGAAUUGACUUUUGAUUAUAUAUUUGGCUUAAUCAAAUUCGAAAUUAUUUUGCUAAAUAAUAUAUAAAUUUUAAUAGAAAAAUAGGAAAUUUUGCAUCCCUAUCAUCCUAAAAAAUUAUUAUAAACCAAAAUAGGUUUGAUACACACAAAACAUCACUGACCAAGUGCUUAUGUGGAGCUGCAAAGUGCAGAAAGUACUUAGGACUGAUCCCUUCAGAUUACCAAUCUUCUGAAGAUUGACUUAAAAGGCUUGAUAAGAUGAAAUGCAGCAUUUGCAAAAAAAGCAGCGAAGAAGACGAGUAUUUAGUCCUAUGUGAUGGCUGUAACAAAGGAUGGCAUAUAUAUUGCUUAAAACCGCCGCUUGAGGAAAUUCCAAGUGGAGAAUGGAUGUGCCAAAAAUGCACAUUAAAACAUAAGCCUAAAGGAGAAAAAAAGCCAAAAAAAGAAAAAUCCCCAGAACUUAUAGAAGAUCUUAUUAAAAAAAUUGAGCCACCACAAGAAAUCCUUAUGAUGGUAGAAAAAAGGACAUUAGAUGCUCUCAGGAAUCAUUUAGAUGAUAUUUUAGAAAAAGAUGUAAAGCUUUUUUGGGGAAAAUGUAAUGACCAAGGACAAUAUGAAGUCACUAUAAGAGGAGCGAAUUCUCAGUAUGUAGAAAUGUUUAUUGAGCAGCUGUCACAAGAGGUGAAGCCUGAAGUGCAAGUGCCUGACGAAAUUACUGAGAUUGAGCUGAAGGUAGAAGCUCUUUAUUUGAAAAAACUUGUGAAAUCAUUUUCUAAUAUGCAGCAUAAAGGUAUGAUUUUUUAAUAAAAUUGACUAUGGAUAUUAAUACUAUAUUAAAUAUUGUUUUUAAAAAUAUUGAACCUGCACUAUGAGAUUUCUAAUUAAUUCAGCCUAAAAGAGAAUAAUAUAUCUUACGACCAGACGCUAUUGACUGAUGAUAUCUAUCCCUUAGACAAACUUACCAGCAUAUAUAUUUCAGGACACAGACAAAGUAUUGAAGGAUUUGCAGAAGAAAUUUUGAAUAUUUUAGACACAUUUCAGACCUCUACCAUUUAUUUUUCGAUAACUGAAGCUUCGAUACUGAUGAGGAAUAUAAUUAACUUCAAAAAUUUAUUACAUCCGGCUGAAAUUAGAGUAUCAAAAGAGCAAGUUACCAACGAAUCUCCCCACCCAUUUUAUUUUUAUUCAAGACUAGAAAGAAAAGUUGUAUUAAUAGGAACAGAAAAGUAAUUUUUAUUUACUCCCUACCUUUAAAUUGGAACAAAAUAUCCUGUUUUAAUUUAAAGGGCUUUAUUGUUUUUCUAAAAAAAAAUUAUAUUGAAUAUUUCUUGAUAAAAUAGCAUUUAUAAAGUUUUGAAAAAUUAAAAAAUACAAAAAAUUAAGUGUGAAAACUGUUAAAUAAUAUUCUACUCGCAUUUUUUCCAUUAAAUUAUGUUAAAUUAAUUUUAUUUCAAUUUAUCAAAUUUUUUAUAUUAAAAAAAAAUUACUUCAAUGUACCAAAAAUGGAAAUUUUGUUCGGGGAGUUAGGGAAAUUGAUGAAGCUUGUAGAGUGAUCACAGCAUGGUUCAAUCAGCAGCUUAAAGGAGAACAGGAGCACUCAUUCAAUUUUAUACUUCCAGUUAAAGUGUGCAAAUAUCUAAAUCGAUACAAAAUGGGAAAGAAAUAUUUAAAUCCCAAAACAUUUUUAAAUGUAAUAAUUUUUUUUUACUUUUGAUAAAUAAGAAAUUUUAUUGAAAAAAAAUUAUAAAGACUAUCACUAAUAGAAUGAAACCAUAAAAUGGACAUCAUCAAAGAGCUAAACCAAAUGCAUGCAUUUGUCAUACCUUUAAUCAAAUUUUUCGAACCACUGCCACCAAGGAAGUACCUCACAGUUUACAUUGUUGGAACAUGAAAACAAAUAAUAGCAGCAAAAAUAAAAAUUAUUGAAAUAGCAGAUAACUAUACAGAAAACAAUGAAAUCAAUAAAUUUUUUUCUUUUGUUACAGCUCAAAUGUUUCGCCAUAUUAUUAAAAACACAGCAAAGUUUAUUCAUGCAAUGGAGAAAAGAUUUUUCAGCAGAAAUGCUCAGGAAUUAGAAGUUUGAAAAUAUUGCCCACAAAGGCACUAUAUUCUUGGAUUUUGGGAUGUAUAUUCCGCUGAACUGUUGUGUGGUGAGCAAGGGAAUGAGAAGAUAGAAUCAUUUAGAAGCCAAGUCCUUAUUUUUCCAAUGAAAAUAUUUAAUUAAAAUUUAACUGCAAAAUAUAAUAAAAAAAAUUUAUUAUUAUUUUUAAGGAUGAAGGCUAGUCAUUUAUUAGAAGACGCAGAUACACUAAUUAACUUGCUUAGACUUUCAGGCAGCGAAAGUCAAAUGCAAUAUCUUAUAGAAACCAGAUGGAAAAUCACUCUAGAAGAAGCUCUCCAGUUCGGCAUCAAUUUUUUCACAAGUUUUAACAAAAAAUUUGAAGGCAAUGGAAAAAUGGGAUACGUGAACAACAGUCUUGAAGAGCUGAAAAAUCAAUUAAUUGAUAUGAGCGAAGAUGAGCAAUGAGAAGAAAACGACCGUUUUAAAAUUAUAGAUAAGGCCAUGAGAGAAAUAGACCAAGAUAUUUCUUUUAAAUCUUUUACAGCUCUUCCUACCAGCUAUGGUGUAGACUAUGAUAACUCAGCUCCAUCUCCUGAUGUCGAAAGCAGACUUAGCAAUUUUUUUACGUCUUUACAGCAAAGGAAAUUUAUUAUGGGCGAUGAAAACCCUUAUCCACAAAUAAUUGAACCUACUCUAGUAAAUCCUGAAGUUAGAGACAAUGCUGAUAUUGUUGUUGGGUGCUCAAAACACUCCAGAAAUUUUCUUUAUGUGGUUUUCCCUGAGAAAGCUCGAACAUUAGGCAUUCAAAAUUUGAGGUAA